UUAGAAUUAUUUAAAUCAAAUUGAAUUAUUUAAAGUUAACGAACAGGAAAUUUCUCUAAUCGCAUUCUUUUAAAUCAAUGAUGGAAGGAUACAUAUUUAACAGCUGUUGCUUCUUUGCCAAUCAACGAUAAAAUGUGUGUUUGCAAAUAACAAAAUAGUAUUACUGUUGCAAUUAAGAUUUACCUGGCACUUGGCGCUCUAGAGUAUACAGCCAAAAAAGGAUCAAGAAGAAUAAUUAAGAUUUACUAGGUAUUCUAUUUUUUGUGGAAGAGAAACUCAGAACUGAUCUUGAAACCACAAAUAUUUCCUGUUCUUUCAAAUAAUAAUUUAUUAGAUGUAAAGAAAAUUGUAUUUUUUCACACAAUUUUACAUAAUUUAUUGCAACAGUAACAGCAGAAAUAUAAUACAUCAAGAUGGGGAAACGCCAACAUCAGAAGGAUAAAAUGUACUUAACGUACACUGAGUGGACAACGCUGUAUGGUGGAAAAAAGUCUGGUACAUCGGAAUCAACUGAGGAUACAACAUUCCGUCGUCUUCCUUAUGAUCAUUGCUGCUUGAGUUUACAGCCAUUUGAGCAUCCAUACUGCGAUGCCAAUGGGAAUGUUUUUGAACUUGAAGCAAUUCUCAGUUAUAUUAAACAUUUUAAGCACAAUCCUGUGACAGGAAAACCAUUAGAUGCAAAAAAUCUUAUUAAAUUAAAUUUUUCUAAAAAUGCUACUGGACAAUACCAUUGUCCAGUUCUAUUUAAGUUAUUUACAAAGCACUCGCACAUUGUUGCAAUUAAGACAACAGGCAAUGUAUUUUCACAUGAGGCAGUUGAACAAUUGAAUAUUAAAACACGAAACUGGAAAGAUCUUGUUACUGAUGAACCAUUUACCAGGCAAGAUAUAAUAACAAUUCAGGAUCCUACCAAUGCCAACAAAUUCAAUUUAUCGACCUUCCAUCACAUCAAGAAUAAUUUACGUGUUGAAGAUGAAGAAACUAUCAGAGAGAGAAGUGAUCCAAAAGCAAAACUCAAAACUGUUUCAAUGGAAACCAAAGAGAUUUUGGAGGAAUUGGAUAGAGAAUAUAAGCCUGCAGAGAAUAAGAAUGUAGUGGAACGACCAAAGGCCGAUAAAUUCAAUGCUGCACAUUAUUCGACCGGUGCCGUUGCCGCAGGUUUUACUUCUACAGUGAUGCCUACUGAAACAACACAUCAGGCUGCUGUAGUUGCCGAAGAUUUGGUUCGAUACGAACGCGUAAAGAAGAAAGGAUAUGUCAGAUUUUUAACAAAUUUUGGAGCACUCAACCUGGAAUUGUAUUGUGAUCUGAUUCCAAAAACGUGUGAAAAUUUCAUAAAACAUUGUCAUACUGGAUAUUACGAAGGGACAAAGUUUCAUCGAUCAAUUCGUAAUUUUAUGAUUCAAGGUGGAGAUCCUACAAAUACUGGGAAUGGAGGAAAAUCUAUAUGGGGUAAACCCUUUGAGGAUGAAUUUAAAACAAAUUUGGUUCAUCAAGGUCGAGGAAUUCUGUCAAUGGCUAAUUCAGGACCUAAUACAAAUGGUUCACAAUUCUUCAUAACGUUUCGGUCGUGUCGUCACCUGGACCGCAAGCACACAGUCUUUGGAAAAAUUGUCGGAGGUCUCGAAACCUUGAAUGCAAUUGAGAAAGUUGAAGUUGAUAAUAAGGAUCGACCCAUUGAGGAUAUCAUUAUUCAGAGAACUCAGGUCUAUGUGGAUCCCUUUCAAGAAGCCGACGAACAGCUUAUAGCAGAGAGAUCCGCUGAAUCUGAGCGUCUCGCACAGGAAGCAAGAAAGGCCAAUUCGUCAGACAAGAAGGAGACAGACAAUAAUUUGAAAGUUUACCGCAGCGGCGUUGCAAAGUAUAUAAAAUUGGGAAAAGAACAAGAGAAACCUGGCAAAGGAGAAACAAGUAAUGAAUCUGCAGUUAAAAAGAAAAAGGAUGUUUCGUAUUCACUUGGCAGUUUCUCGUCAUGGUAAUUACCAAAAAAUGAAUUAUCAAAGGAGACCCAAGAUUAUGCACAAGACAACAAUGAGAGCAUGAAAUUAUACCAUAAAGAAAUAAGUUUUUUGCUGUAUAAAAGAAAUAUAAAUACUAGAAUAAUUA